GUUUUGGUGUGGAAUAAGACAUUUCCAAUGCUUACCAUUGAAUCUGCUCUAAGACUUGUUGAUGUCAACAAUGAUACCAUACUUGAUGCUAUCGUUCCGUUUGGAACCGGGUUGGACGCUUCGUCUUAUAAUUACAUUUCAUGUCAAAUAUAUUUCAAUCAAACAAAAGCCGAUACCUCGGGAUGUGGAGGUGGGGUAAUGGCCAUCGAUGGACGCACGGGUGAGCAGCUGUGGAUUCGUUACACUCCUCACGAGUUAUUUGCCAGUAAUUGUAAUAAUGAUAUUAAUGGUGAUGCCAUCAAAGACUGUAUUCUGGGAGGACGGAUGGCC